AUGAGCCACAGGACCUCUUCCACCUUCAGAGCGGAGAGAAGUUUCCAUUCCUCCUCCUCCUCUUCAGCUUCCUCCUCUUCAGCUUCCUCCCGUGCACUUCCAGCCCAGGACCCACCUAUGGAGAAGGCCCUAAGCAUGUUUUCAGAGGAUUUUGGCAGCUUCAUGAGGCCUCACUCGGAGCCCCUGGCCUUCCCAGUCCUCCCCACAGCCCGUCCCGGGGGGCCUGGCCAUAUCAAGACUCUGGGAGACACCUAUGAGUUUGCUGUGGAUGUAAGCGACUUCUCCCCAGAAGAUAUCAUCGUCACCACAUCCAACAACCACAUCGAGCUGGCAGCCGAUGGCACAGUCAUGAACACCUUCGCUCACAAAUGCCAGCUGCCGGAUGACGUGGACCCCACGUCAGUGACUUCUGCCCUGCGGGAGGACGGAAGCCUCACCAUCCGGGCACGACGCCACCCACACACAGAGCAUGUCCAGCAGACCUUCCGGACAGAGAUCAAAAUCUGA